AGUUUCUCUCUUUCUCGGUAGCAGCAAGAUGGCGGAGGAUGUCGUGGAGCAUCCUUUCUGUAUCCAUCGGCAUCCUCCAUCGUGGAGCCUCGGACAAAUUCGCCGAUGGCUGGAUGUGAUUGCUGCGGCUCCUUCGAGUAAACCUUCGCCAAGAUGUAAUUAAACGAGGUUGGAAUCUGAAACUGUGGUGUAAAUGUGAGCACUUGCCUGAUACCAUCACAGGCUGGAAUCUGAGAGUGAGCUGUGAAAAUGUUCUGUUAGCCUGGCGGCAUCAGUGUUGCAGUUUGGAAUCUCAUGAAAUGUGAAAGCGAUUUCUUGUCUGGCACCGUUGCAGAUUUUCCAGUCUUUGACUGGUGAUACCAGGGCCUGAUAUUCUUAGAAUCACUACAGUGCAAACAGGCCAUUCUGCCCAACAAGUCCACACCAGCCAUGUGCCCAGUAACCUACCCCCAUAAUUCUCCAUUUCCCAUGGAUAACCCACCCAACUUGAACAUUCCUGAACACUAUCUGGCCAGUUUUAACACAGCCAAUCCAGCUAACCUAUAUGUCUCUCGACUGAGGGGAAUCCAGAGGAAAUCUGUGCAGAUGUCGGGAGAAUGUGCAAGCUCCACACACAGUCGAACACUCCCAAAUAAAUUUGGACUCUUAGAUGAAACUCUUGUUGUGGCAUUUUUCAAUAUGUUGAAUUGCCUGUUGAUUAAAAUCAUUGACAGUUCUGUGUUUUGAAUGAGAAACUUCCUUCAGAAUGGUGGGUUUCUGACUGGUAUUUCUCUCCGUCCUUCUACCCAGCCUGGCUCAAUCUUGUUGGCAUUUCAAUCGGUGUUAAUGGCCACCAUCUUGAUUGUGAUCAGUAUUUAUCCCACAAGUAGAAGAAAUGCUCUGGCUGUGAUCUUGCUGACUCUGGUUAUACAGCCUUUAUUUUAUAAUGUUAUGCUACCGAAGGAUGUUCAGUUACAUUUCCUGUGAAUGUCUCCAGAUUGCAACUGGAGAGUACAGUAAACAUUAAUUGGUUAGUCUACUUUAAGUCUUCAAAUGGUCUAAAGGUUUAAAAGACAACCUACAUUUUUAAAAAUUGACUCUGCUGGUUGAGGAAAUAGUUAUACUGCACAAAUGGCUGGUUCAAUCCAACUUGUCUGUAUCAACCAAGUAUCCUAAAUUGAUCUAGCCCCAAUUCCAUAUCCCUCUAAACUCGUCCUAUUUGUGUAAUCUUGAGAUAGUGCGCCGGAGGAACACAGCAGGCCAAGCCAAGGGUCCAGACCCAAAACGUCAGCUUUCCUGCUCCUCUAAUGUUACUUGGCCUGCUGUGUUCACCCAGCUCCUACACCUUGUUAUCUCAAGGUUCUCCAAUGUUGGCACUUCCCAUUAUCACUUGAAAACAUUGUUGUCUAGUAUUUUCUUUGUAAUCACUCAUUAAUUUUGAAUACACUACCCAGUGUGACAAUGCCAUAAAUUGGUGAGUGCUCACCAAUAUGCUUUUGUUCAGACAGUGUGGAAGAUUGAUUGAUUUAGAUUCCCUACAGUGUGGAAAUAGGCCCUUUGGCCCAACAAGUGCAUAUUGCCCUUUGAAGCAUCCCACCCAGGCCCCUUCCCCCAUAACCAACACACCCCUGAACACUGCAGGCAAUUUAGCAUACCUUUGGACUGUGGGAGACACACGGAGGAUGUGCAAACUCGACACAGUCAGUCACCUGAAGCUGAAGUGCUAACCACUGUGCUGCCCCAAAAGUUAAUUAGAAAAUGAUUUUGCCAAGAUGCUGGGAUCUUUUCCCCCUGUGACACCUUGACACAUCAGAAGAGUCCAUGGCCUAGUAUGGGAGAGGUUAGACUAGAAUUUCCUGAAACUGUAACAAGGUUUUCCAAAGUGGUAGGAGGCUGGACCCCCACUUGGGAUGGCUUGCUGAAAUUGUGGAAUAACUGCAUUCUUCUUCAGCAGGCCCUGCCUUCCCAAUUUCAGAAUCCUCUUAGAGGGGGCCAUUAAAAUCUUCAAGCUUCCUAGUGGGAAGAAGCAAGGGAUGUUUGAGGGCAGACGGUUCUCAAAGUAUGUCUGACUCCCACGUGAUUCAGUUUUUUUUCACCAGUCUUUCUGGAGUUGAGAGGAACGAUGCCCUUAAAUGGGGAACCUUUUACAACAAGUAAGUUUGCUAUCUCCUGAGGGAGUGGUUCAUUCUGUCAGGCAAAAGCCUGUUCUGGGGUAGCUGUCCCUUUAAACUUUUGUUGCCAUUGUUGGCCCAGCUCAUGCCAGAAAGACAUCACAAUAGAGUUGACUCUGCCCACUAUGAUGUGUAGGAAGGGGUGCGGUCAUGGUGUGGGCCACGCCCACCCACCUCCUUGCAUGGGGGUCUUUGAGACCUCAGCAGUGGCGCAAAAGUGGGGGUCAUGAGUGACCCUGAGAAGCCCAUGGAAGCCUCUCAGACCCUGGGGAAGGACCUAAGCCUAUACCCCUGAAAUCCUCUCACCCAGAGAGACACCCCUCUCCCACUACCCUAUUCCCCCCCCCCCCCCCCCAGCUCAGUCCCCACCCUUCCCCUGCACCCACCGCCCAAGACACAGACAAUGGACCGUGGCAAACCGGUAAAAGGCAUCCUUAAGAAGACCAGCAGCUCCAACCUUGCCAAGGGCCGAAAGUUUUCUGAAGAGGACAGUCAAAAGAAAUCUCAGUCCUGGGAUGAAAUGAACAUAUUGUCCACAUACAAACCUCCAGGAAAGGACUAUGGGCUCAUGAGUAUUAAUGAACCUAAAACUCCUUACAGAGUUAAGGCUACAAUAACCACCAAAUACGAUAUCGAUGCUGAAGCGGGGAGCAGCUCCAAUCCUGCUUUUUCCAUGGAGGAGCUAGCAGCAAGGAUGAGCAAUCUGAAUAAAACCAGAAAAGGCAAAAAACAGACAGCAAAGGUUAAAGCACAAGAUUCUGAUGAGGAAGAUAUUCCACUCGUUGACCGAGAGAAGAGACACCAGUUUGAGAUGAAACGGAAGCAGAUUUAUGAUGAAGGGCAAAAUAUCCAGCGGGCCCGUGAACUUAUAGCUCGUGAAGAGGUGGAUGACCAUGACGAUUCCGAUUAAUCCUUCCAAGAUCCCAGCCCAGAGAGCUGCAAAUUGCUAGCUUCCCAAGAAUUGCUGCCUAGGAAUUGCAAUGUCUGCACAAAGUAACUGCUUCCUGGAC